AUGUUUCUUUUAUUCCUAUCAAAUGUUGCAUUAGAAGAAACACCAACAAGGACGAGGCCUUUAGCAACAAGACCAUUGGCAACACCAACGGCUACAUUUAACAGAGAGCCAGUCGUUAUUUCAGGUUCUUUGAUAAUAGCUGGUACCAUAUUAGCUGCUAUUGGUGGUUCUGUAUUCUUUUUCUAUUACAAGUACUUAAUUCGUCAGAAAAUUAUUGAAAAUGAUGAGCCAGAGUCAUGCUCUGACAAAGAAAAACUCAAUGAAUUCAAAACUGGAAAGAAAAAGCAUCGGAGACGUAAAAAAUAUUCUAACAAUAGUGUGCAACAACACAGUAAUGUAGAUGAUCAAGAAAAAACUCCAUUACUUCAAAGUCGAGAUCAAGAUUCAUAUUACAGUUAUUAUUAUGAAGAAGAAGAUGGGGAAAGUAAUAAAGGAACAAAAACAAAUAACUUCUCAACAAAUCUUUCGACAUUUGUUCUUUCCGAAAGCGAAGAGUCUCCAUCUGAUCACUAUGAAAUUCCUCCUGAAGCCGAUAAAGGUACUAGAAGAGGUUCCAUAACGAAAACAGCAUCAGAAACUGAUGCAUUAAAUUCUCUGAGAUUUAAUUUGAAUUUGAAUAGUCCCAAAGUACAAAAAUUUCGUCAAUCAAGUAUAUUUUUUGGUCAAGAUAAAGCUCAAUCACUCGAAAGCGGGAUGAAUGCAGGAAUUACUGCACAAUCAAGUUUACAAAUACCAUCAUAUAUUACUGACGCUUUGAAACCUUCUGAUGAUGGAUCAUCUUCAUCAUCUGAACUUUCUCUUGCAAAAAUCCCAGUAGAUAUGUGA